GGUUAUGAUGGCAGCGCAGUGCAGGCUGCAGCUUACGGAGGAGGCGAGAAUUCCGUGAAUUUGCUUUUGGAGAAGGGUUGGAGUAUAGAUGUUAAUUACAGAAUAAGCUAUUCGGCCGGGGCUCUGCAGUCGGCUGCCGGCGGAGGUCACCAAUCGAUCGUAGAGCUGUUGCUCGAGAAGGGGGCAAGUUUACAACUCAACAACGGAUACUAUGACACUGUUCUUCAAGCAGCAGCCGAACACGGGCAUGAGUCACUCGUUAGAAUGAUGCUGGACAUGGGCUUUCACCCUGAUGCAGAAGAAGGAUAUAACGAGAUCUCGCUUCAGGCAGCAAGUGCCGAAGGUCAUCAGUCUGUUGUCGAGCUGCUGUUGGAAAAAAGAGCAGAUGCAAACAGGAGAAGUGGCUUCUUUGGCACGGCACUGCAGAAUGUCUGCAGCGAGGUUGCUCCUUGA